AUGUGCAUUGGCGCACUGUGUAAAUCGAAUGUUUGCGUCUGCGCUCGAAUCUUGCAAUAUGUUCUCUCGUAGUUAAACCCUCGCAUCGUCUUAGUUAUUCAUCCGACAGAAGAGGAUCAGCUUCGAUUCUCUCAUUAACAUCACCAGGCCACGGUCGACACUUGUGCAUCAUUCGAAUAUGGUUCUUUAUUUCCUGUGUACACUUACGAUUAACGAAUCGAUGGAAAAUUCUUGAUAAAAUAUUUAUAACGUUCUUGUUCAGUUCCGACUAAACGCUCCAUUUUUCUUAAGGGCAACAUCUGCUUAAACGAUCAUUUAAAAUGUGGAAAACGUUAAGUUACGUUUUUUUGAUAACGUUCUUCUCGAUGAAUCCGCAACUCUCGUUGGCGAACACGAACGAAGAAACUUGCGAUCUACGUCGAACAAACUCGAACACGAGCACCGAAUGCAAUUUUAAGGAUCACCGUUUGGUUUGUUUUCAUGGCCUCGAGGAUAAAUGGAAGACUGGAGAUGAGAACGUGCGAAUAUUGGUGCUUUGCUAUUGGCCCCUGACGACCUUCGAUCCUCAGAAUGUUCUACAGGGAUUUUCUUCUUUGAAAAAGCUAACAAUCAGAGAAGGAAAUUUGACUAAAUUAGCGUCAUCCUUCCCAAACGAGUCUCGAUCGAUCGAGAAAUUGGAAAUCACUGGAACUAAAUUAAAAAUACUUCCAGAAAAUACGUUCGUCAAUCUUUCGAACUUAAGGAGCCUGGAUUUUCGAAACAAUAGCUUUCCAGAAAUCGAUGUUGAAACUUUCAACAUCUCGUCGUUACGUUACAUUUAUCUUUCUGGCAAUCCUUUGAAAUGUACGGAGGAUACGAAGUGGAUUCUAAACAAAGAAAAGGGUUCGUUGGGCCACAAAAUCGCUGAUAAAGAACAUUUACGUUGCACAGUUCCUUAUGAUGGCAGGUCACUGAUUCCAGUUGUGGAAAUAAUUAUUACGUUGAAAGAGGAAUGUACAAAGACCGUAUGCGAGUGUGAAUUAGUAUACGUAUUUGGUAACGGAGGGAAACAUAUUCAGAAGCAACUGACGGCCUUUGUUUCGGUGAACUGUAGUCAUCGUGGAUUAACCGAGAUGCCAAGUUUCUUACCCGCCAAUACCACUACUCUUCAUUUAUCUGGAAACAAAAUACAGGAUUUGAGGCCACUCACGACGAAUCCUGUGUAUAAAGGAGUAGAGGACUUAUAUCUGAACGAUAAUAUGAUCGAAUCGAUUGUUCAAUUGGAGGGAUCUAGUUGGGUGGAUCGCUUUCGAUUGCUUAGUCUUCGUGGAAACAAAUUAACAGAUUUGCCUACGUAUGCCCUGCAAAACGUGUUACUACACAAUGGAAACGCAGUAAGUUUGUAUCUUGGAGAAAAUCCAUGGAGAUGCGACUGUCUUUUUACACCAGGCUUCCAGGAGCUCCUCAUUAGGUAUACGAAUUUAAUAAAAGACAUUAACGAUGUCAGAUGUUCGUCUUCCAACGGGGAUGACAUUUCCGAUAGAAUUAUAAAAGACCUGAGGCGCACUGAAAUUUGCGUUUCCUCGGACGAAGAUCCUAUAAUUCAUCCCUUGGACAUUUUAAAUAUUAUCCUAGCAUUUCUGAUACUUUUGAUCAUCGGAAAACUGCUGUACGACUACUGGUCUUUCAGAAAAACUGGCAAGCUGCCUUGGAUCGUUGCUAAGAUACCAUAAAUGAAUACUUAUCCAUUAUCGUGGAAAAAUCGUUGUCGAAAUACCGAUGAACUACAAAUAAGGAUGGCAACACAUCGAAAUCAGCUGGUUGCUGAAACUAGCAAAACCCAUAUAAGGAGAAGACUAAGAAAGAAACAUCCUACUGACCUCGCUAAUAUAAAAUAAAAUAGACAAACUGGAAGAUGGUAUCCCGCUAGGGGUAACCAUCCACGUGUUAUUUAGUAAUAAAGUUACACAAAUUGUAAAGCACAAAUUGAAAGAAAAGAGAACUACAGGUAGAAAAUGUAAUAU